ACUCUCCAGCAGCGAGUCAUGUCCAGUAGCGGAGUCCGCCUCUUUUAGAGUCGCGCGCUUGAGUCCACUCUGCAACAGGAGCUGGACUGUGUCUACAAAAGUGACUUAAAGACACUCAGAGAGAAACAAACCAAGAAACCGACGUGCGUCCGACCUGUAACAAGCAGGACUAACAGCAGCUGGAGAAGUCGCUCGUCCACUUGGUUCCACUUCUUGGACUGCGCCUGUGAUGAUGGGCCGGGACGGGAUGAGCGACGGGCGCGUGGGUGCCAGGGGCGCGCGAGGAGGUCUGGACGCAUAGGCCACACGGUGAGUUAGGGUCGACACAGCCUUAUGUGUGGGGUUCCCCCUGGUCCCCAAGAACCCCUCUCCUCCCAGCAUCAGGGGGAUGUUCCAGGUGUGUCUCCCCUUGGCCUUGCUCAUUCUCUGCAGCUGCACAAAGCAGGUCUCCUCUACCAACUCCUUGGAGCUUGUGAAGGAGAAGUGGAGCAGCUACAAGAACCAGUGCCUCGACUACUUCAAUGCCACGCCGCCCGCUUCAGCAGGGCUGGUGUGCUACAGGACCUUUGACCAGUACGCCUGCUGGCCUGAUGGACGCCCAGGUACCACUGUCAAUGUCUCCUGCCCGUGGUUCCUGCCGUGGCACCGGAAAGUUCAGCAUGGACUGGUGUACAGAGUCUGCAAGGAUAAUGGUCAGUGGGCUCAAAGAAAUACCAGUGAGUGUGAGGACGACCCUGGUGAGCAGCAGUAUGGGCGCAUCCUCAGUCAGUUACGGCUCAUGUACACAGUGGGUUACUCCCUCUCCCUGGGAGCCCUGCUGCUUGCUCUGGGGAUUCUCAUCACCUUCAGGAAGCUUCACUGUAUGAGGAACAACAUCCAUAUGAACCUGUUCGCCUCCUUCAUCCUAAGAGCCGUGUCCAUCCUGGUAAAAGACGCCCUGCUCACGCUCACGCUGGACCCCCGGAGCAGCAGCGACCUCCAGACUCCAGCCGGGGUCAACAUACCGGCCGUGUCUUGGUGCCGCGCCGCCAUGGUGAUGAUGCAGUACAGCGUCAUGGCUAACAACUACUGGCUGCUGGUGGAGGGCAUCUACCUGCACAGCCUGCUGGUCAUCACCGUCUUCAGCGAGAGGAAGUACUUCUACAGCUACCUGGCCAUCGGCUGGGGUGCGCCCCUCAUGUUUGUGUUGCCGUGGAUCACAGUGAAAUAUCUGUAUGAGAAUAAGGAGUGCUGGGAAAGGAAUAUUAACAUGGGAUACUGGUGGAUCAUCCGAUCUCCUAUCCUCUUCGCUUGUCUGAUCAACUUCUUCAUAUUCAUCAGAAUUAUUAAAAUCCUCAUGUCUAAACUCAGAGCGCAUCAGAUGAGAUACACCGACUACAAAUUCAGAUUAGCAAAGUCCACUCUGACUCUCAUCCCCCUGUUGGGAAUCCACGCCAUCCUCUUCACCUUCGUCAUUGAUGAGUAUGUGCCCAAAGGCUCCCUGCUGCGCCUCAUCCGUCUCUUCUGUGACCUGCUGUUCAACUCCUUCCAGGGUCUGCUGGUUGCCAUCUUGUAUUGCUUCGUCAACAAAGAGGUGCAGUCGGAGAUGCUAAAGAAGUGGAAGCGGUGGAAGCUGGGUAAGGACAUCGACGAGGAGUACCGGCACACCCACAGCCAAACGCCGCACAUCAAGAGCGGCAGCGUUGCCACUGGCGUCCAGCUGGAGUCCCACGCCUGCACCACCAGCAGGCCCAACUCCAGCUGCUUCUGCAAAGGCCCGGUGCCGCGCGGCCGAGGCCCGUCCUGCUCCAGGCUCACGGAGGAGGACCGGCUGCUGGUAGUCUCCUACAGCAAUGGCACGGGCACGGGCCGGCCCGCCAAGACCAGACACACACUGACGUGGUCCUUCGUGCCGCCCUGCGGGACCGCCGGCCGCUCCAGCACCAAAGCAGAGAAUGUGUGUGUGGAGGAGACGGCGCAGUGCUGCUCACACCGUGUGGAAGGAGAGGAGACCAACGUGUGAGGAAAAUCAUCUAAUCACGGUGUCCCAUCAUGGAUGUGGCCCUCACCCAUCAGCACACAGUGUGUCAGUAUUUAUUCGCUUUGGGACCUUGAACAAGAACAAGUGAUUGAGUUGAGAAGUGAGGAAUGGAAGCGUGAUUAAAAAAUGCAUUUGUGGGGAGCGUGUGUGUAUGUGUGUCCUUGUCUUUGUGUAGCCGUGAGUCAUUAGACCUUUGGACGUUUUAACCAGUCCUCACGCGUGUGUGUUCACGUCACUCAUAGUGUGUGUGUCUCUGUGUUUAUUGGACCUGAAUGUGGACAACGGCAGCGUGACUGUCGGAGAUUAUUAAAAAGACCAAAGUGAGGGUUUCACUAGAGCCAAGUGACUUUUAUCAGUCAGUGCUGGUCGUGUUGAGGUUGUCUCACGGAGGAUCAGUCCCUUCAUCUCCACGACUCUAGAUUCUGGUUUACAAUAUCAAAGCCAAAGUAACCUGAAGGGAUCUGCUUCAGCCAGACAAAGCAUUAAACACAUUCUUUCAUGUGCAUUCCUUUCUUUCUAUUUUUUUUAACUUUAUAUAUAUUUUUUCCUCUGUCAGCAGAUGUUUUUGUGUAAAUGUACAGUAUAAUGAGUGAACCAAUGUGUAUAUAUGUAAUUAGACAAACUACAUCAUAUUUAUCCACUUAAUAUUUUAAAUUAUUGAUUUUUCAUUUGUCUGUACCUCUCUGCAGUUACUGGGAUGUAAAUCAGUUCGAUAACUGUGAAUUUAAAUUUUUUUACAAAUUCA